UUUCUUCCUAUUCUUCUUCUGAUCAAGUUUUGUUGAGCCCUCCCUUGAACCUGUUUUGUUCAGAGCGGUUUUUUGGAAACAGGGCAACAUGGAUAUCGAUUGGGUUGAUUUCCUCAAAGGCAUGGUGAAACCGCUUAUGGCCACUGCAGUGGUUUUAAUGGCCGUGGUUCUGUCGAUGGUUCAGAAGCUUGGGUUGGCUACGGAAAUGGGCUAUUCCAUUGCUAGGGCUUUUAUUCAGUUGUCUGUGAUCGGAUUCGUGCUUCAGUUCAUUUUCAAUCAGAAGAACGGUAGUUGGAUUAUCGCCGCUUACUUGUUCAUGGUUUCUGUUGCUGGUUACACUGCAGGCCAUAGUUUGGCUGUGGCGUCGUACUCCGACACAGGCUCUUCUGGAGAGAAAUGUGCAAGGAACCAGAAUUUUUGGAACAAGUCCAUUACUUGUGAUUCAUUCUCCUCUUCCCAUCCAAACAAUAGGAACAUUUUGAAGGAAGUGGGGUCAGGCUUUGAAGUAGAACAGAACAGGAAUUGGGUUCUCCCUACAAACUGCAGUACAUUUGCAGAGGUCUUCUAUACAUCUCCAUUUGGCUUUGGACUUUUGUGCCUUGUGUUAAUUCACUCUUUCUUCUUUCUUUAUUUAUUUUUCUUCUUUUCCAGGAAUCUGGUUUCAAUGCAAAGAGCAGCCGUAGCAGAAAGUAGAGCAGAUGUAUGGAUUCAGUUUGAGGAGGGAGAAUUACAGCAGAGGCCAAGCUCUGCAGAAACCCAUGCCACGUGGCAGAUGAUGCAUUUAUCUUGUUCUCCUCCUACCCACCUAACAUACACCAUAACCAGAUCUUAUACACUCUUCCCUUGUGGUGAUGAUGCAAAAAGGGAGACCAAGCUGAGUAUUCAAUCAAUGAAUAGAGACUUCACUCCAUACCAGUUUUUUGAGUUCCUUCCCAUGAAGAACAGAAGGAGAAUAACUUAGUAGCUUACCCAUUUGUCAUAAUGUAUGUGAGAAUUAAGAUGAUGGGUCAUGUUUAGAUUUUGUUGUUAUUCGAAACUUUUACUGUUCUUGUUGUGAA